CCUGACACCCAAAGUGCUUCAGACUACAAGGCACAUUUUCAAACGUACAUUCACACAGCACUUUUAUCUACUUUACAUCCAUGACAAAUUUCACAUCACCAAUUACCGUACAUGUGUUUUUGGAGGAAGCCAGAGAACUUGGAUGAAACCCAAGCAGGCGUUGAGAGAACAUUCAAACUUUCACACAGAACCAGAACUAACCCAACCAGGAGAUUUAAACAUGAGACAUUACUAUGAUGCAGUAGAACCAACCACAGCACCAGCAUGAAAGAUUUCCUCUGACACAACUCAAGCAAAUAUAACACAAUAUCACAAUGUGCUGGUGUGGAACAGCUACAAGGCAGGAAUAAUACAAUCACAGGAAUCAAUAACAAGAAUGAUAUUGACAAAACUUAUACACAAAAAAUCAAAGAACUUUUUUUUUACUAGAGCAACUGUAGAAACUGAGGAGCAAACUGACAUUCACUAAUGUAAACCAAGAGUUAAAACCACAAAACAGAGAUGAUAAGAAUUAGAGACAUUUACAAGAAAAUACACUUCUGGUUUUAGGUGAUUGUUUCGGUGUUUGCCUGGUCUGUCAGUAGAACAUGUAGAGCCUGGUGGCCAGCAAAGAAUAUCACAGUAAUUUAGUCUUAAUUUGAAACCAAACACAGGCACAGGGAGAGUAAUUAUUAGAUAGAAUAUACUGAGCUUAGUUCAGAAAGCAGCACUUCUUGUCUAAUUAGCACAUGAUGCUAUUUAAAAUAAAAUAUUUACAGGACUGUGUAAAAGUCUUGAGCCACUUAACUUUGAUCUAUAAAUCAUUAAAACAUCAAAAGGCACCUCACUAGGUGAAUAAACUAGUGUUGUACCUACACCUACACACCUACACAAAACCAAGUCUAUCUUUAGUCUGGUCGCAAAAACACAAAAUCUGUUCUCAUUUCUUUAGUUGAAUUUACAAAUUUCCAAAAAUGUCAAGGUUUGAAAGACAUACAAUUGUAUCUUUGAACCAACGAGGUGAUUCCCACAGAGCUAUCAGCUGAAACAUUUGUCAAACCUCAAUGUGGUAUGGGAUUUGUCCUUAAAGAAAUGUAAGAAAACUGCGUAAGUAAAAGAAGUGUCUAUAGCAUAUAUAUGUCUAUAAACAGUAUCUAAAAGUCAUGUCCUUAGGAAAUGGGGGUAAAAUCCCAGCAAAGAGUCUCAAUGGAAGAGAGAAUUGAAAUGAGGAGAAAAGGCUGAGCUAUUUCCAACCACACACGUACUGGACUGCAACUUGUUUUAAUCAUUCAUUAAUCCAAAGUGGACAUUUUGGGUUCAAAUUAUUGUUUAUAUGUAUGGUCUAGGUUAGGGAAGAAGUACAUCAGUGAGCGGUUUUAGCCAUCUGUAAAACACACCUUAGGUGUUGUCAUGGUUUUUUGGGGACCUUGUAAAGAAAAAGGUAUGGGAACAGCUUCAUUUUUCCAAAUUACAGUGAUCCCAACACUGCAAGUGCAGUAAAAGCAUACCUGCAUAGAAAAACAUACACAUGGGAACACGAUCAGUCAUGGAUUGGCCUCGUGAAAGCCUGUACCUAGACAUUAUUGACGUAGUGCAUCUUAACAAAGAUUGGAACAAAAGGCAGCCAACUCAAAAAAAUAAAAACCUAUGAAAUGCCCCUCAUGAAGCCCAAAGAAGUACUUCUGUUCCUUUUUAGAAGACCUACCUGCAAACCUGAACGACCUUCAGGUACCAUCUCAAGCUACCAGUGGUCACGAUGGUUUUUGUUUCCUAACUGAAGUUUAUCUCUCUUUGUGUUUGUCAUCAGCAGCUGUUCUCUUAAUGUUGUUUUGAGGAUUUGUAUAUAAGAUUCCCCCCUCAUGCAUAUUCCUAAAUGUGCGAGAGGGCAAAUAAUUUAUGUUGAUUGAUUCUCUUAUUCAUAUGAUUUCAUGUUUGAAAACAGAUAAAGAUUCAUCUGCCUGGAAGAUCAACAGUCAGAUGAAUCAUGUUGUUGUCAAUAACAGAUCAUAAGAAACUGAUGCUGUGUGAAAAUGCUAUACAAAGAACACUUUAAAUAAGGAAGAUUCUCGAAAUAAUACAUUUGUUCCCUCAGCAUGUAAGCCUGUAGGCUUAAAUGUGUUCUACUUAAUUCAUUUCUUGGAAUGGCAGCUGCACUGUAGCCAAAAUAAAUAAGAGUAUUUAGAAGAACUCUCAGUAAAGUGGUUCAAAUUAUUAUGCUAAAGGUUAUUAUUUUUUUUAUUUUAUUUUUUUUGCUUUAAUCUGCUAUUUUAAAAUUAAGUCAAAGCAACUUAAAUCUGUAUUCUGGGUCUUACUGAAACUCAUGUUUUAGAAUGCAGCCAUUUAAUUAUUCAGAUAUUAAAUGCUACCAACAUUGUGUAUAUAUGUUCAGUAUAUCAAUAUAACAACAAAGUCAGCAGUUUUCUAAAAUGUUGCAAAUCACAGGUCACAGUUUAGUUUAUAAGCCCUUUAUAUCUUUUACUUAUGCGCACAGCUGUGCAUAUGCUUAUCGUUGUCAGUGAAAAACAUGGUUUUCAUGUAAAACAAGAACGCUUACUAUUAAGAAAAUAGAGUAUUGUUUUUUUUAAUUCAAAAAUAAAAGAUAAAUAAAAUGACGAUAAAGUUCUUAUCACUAAUCAAAUAAAUAAUAUGACCUCACGACUGAUCCCAUGGUCCAACAUUCACCAACAGUGAGCGUCGUGCGUAAAAAGCAAUAUGCCCAUCACAGCCAGAGAGAUGUGAGUGCUGAUACUGUAUAAUGACUAAUAACAAUAAUACAAUUGAUAAUAAUAACGACAAUAAAAAAAACUCGUUUCAAAUUUUAGGGACAGCUGCGUGGGUCUUCUUUCCCAACUGAAGAAAGUAUUAUUUUCCCUGCGUUUCUUCACUUCGCCUUGUUCCGCGCUGCGGAGCUGCAGUGAUGUCAGCCUGCCUGGGUGAUUUGAAGGUCAGCCGCCUCGGAAGGGUUCAUACAGAGUUCACCGGCAUAUAUUAAGCAUUUCAAUCUUUCACUCUCUGUGGCAAAACUAGUUGGAAAUGAGUUGCGCGGGGGGGUGGAUAACCCAUUCGUCAUCGCAGAAGAAACGUGAGCUUUUAAACGCCGUCCGUGGUUCUUUUUUAUUAACAUUAUUAUUACAAGAGACAAAUUCUCCUGUUCGCGCGUGUUUUACCACCGCUCCCAAUGCGAGACGGGGCGAUUUCCAAAAAACAGGUCGGAUUAUUGUUAUUAUUAUGGAGUCUUCAGAGGUUCGCGGCAGGGCGGAGAGUAGACUCGGUGCAAGAAAUGAGGAUUUAGAAAAAGCGGCGGAGCGUUUCGGACUGAAAUAAUUAGUGAUUCCAGUGCGGGACGAAGGAGAAGAAGAGGAACGAAAUCCGCCGUGCCAAGGAGAGGGGGAGGGAGGGGGAGAGGAGUUCGACGGAGUUGCUUGCGCUUAUGUCGGCGAUUUUUAUCCAUCACACACAAGAGUAGUUGAACGAAGAGCCUCUUAUCAUGUUUGACUGCAUGGACAUGCUCACCGUAAGUCCCGGACAGAUGCUGGAUUUCUACACCUCCAGCCCGUCCUCCUGCAUGUUGCAAGAGAAGGCUCUGAAAGCAUGCAUCAGCGGACUGGCGCAUAGAGAGUGGCAGCACCGCCGGAGCGCACACUCCAUCGAAACACAGAGCACCAGUUCUGAGGAACUUGUCCCCAGCCCACCAUCCCCACCACCCCCUCCUAGGGUGUACAAGCCCUGCUUCGUCUGCCAGGACAAAUCCUCUGGAUACCACUAUGGUGUCAGUGCCUGUGAGGGCUGCAAGGGUUUUUUCCGCCGAAGCAUCCAGAAAAACAUGGUGUACACGUGUCACCGGGACAAGAACUGCAUUAUCAACAAGGUGACGCGGAACCGUUGUCAGUAUUGCCGCCUACAGAAGUGCUUUGCAGUUGGAAUGUCCAAAGAGUCUGUUAGAAAUGACCGGAACAAGAAGAAGAAGGAGAGCCCAAAGCCGGAUCUGGCAGAGAGCUACGAGCUGACAACUGAGCUGGAGACAAUCAUUGAAAAGAUCCGUAGGGCUCAUCAAGAAACGUUCCCCUCCCUCUGCCAGCUUGGCAAGUACACGACGAACUCGAGUGCAGACCACCGUGUGAGGCUGGACCUAGGACUGUGGGACAAGUUCAGCGAGCUGGCCACUAAGUGCAUUAUCAAGAUUGUGGAGUUUGCCAAACGAGUGCCUGGCUUCACGGGGCUGACCAUUGCAGACCAGAUCACACUACUGAAAGCUGCCUGUCUCGACAUUCUGAUCCUGCGCAUCUGUACAAGAUACACUCCUGACCAGGACACCAUGACCUUUUCAGAUGGGCUGACCCUCAACCGGACGCAGAUGCACAAUGCUGGCUUCGGCCCGCUUACUGACUUGGUGUUCACUUUUGCCAACCAGCUCCUGCCCAUUGAGAUGGAUGACACAGAAACAGGCCUCCUCAGCGCUAUCUGUCUCAUCUCUGGAGAUCGUCAGGAUCUCGAGGAGCCCUCUAAAGUGGACCAGCUGCAGGAGCCACUGCUUGAAGCUCUCAAGAUCUAUGUGAGAAAGCGUCGGCCAAGUAAACCACACAUGUUCCCCAAAACCCUGAUGAAGAUCACCGACCUGCGCAGUAUCAGUGCUAAAGGAGCAGAGCGAGUCAUCUCUCUAAAAAUGGAGAUCCCAGGUUCCAUGCCACCGCUAAUCCAGGAGAUGCUGGAGAACUCAGAGGGCCAAGAUAGCCAGAGCAGCAGCAGUACUUCAGCUGAGGUGGGGCCCAGACUCAACAGCAAGGGAAGUCGCAGCAAGGAUGCUGCUACUGUGGAAUCCCCUAAUUCCUCAGACAACGAGGAGGGUGCUGCCACACCACCCAGAAUCGAGCCCUAGGAGGCACCCGGGAAACUCUCUGGCAUUACUUUGCUCAAAAACAUGGGCAAGAUGUACAUCCCUUAAAAUCUACCUAACCUGACUCCUGAGCUUGAUAUUCCAUUUUCCGUCCAUUUUGUCCCUAUUUUUCUCUCCAAUUUCCCCAAAAUUCUUUCAUUGAAAAGAAUAUAACACAGAGGUCUCAAAGGAUCCCUGCUUUGUGUACAUUUCUGAAUCGAGCUCUUAUUUGACAUGCCUCUGGGACUGUGACAGGAAGGGCAUCGCUCUCACAAACCAGCAGAGAUAAUACUCCUCAGGUCUCCUGUGUAAAUUCGUAUCUGCAUGACGGGAGUUUGAUAAGUGUUUUCUCUGGUUCGCUCGGUCUUUCUCUGUCAUCUGUUUUCUUCUCUUGUAUCGUUGUCACAUAUGCAUUGUACAUAUCAUUGAAUGGUUAGGUCUCUGUUUCUAAGAUGAAUUUUGUGGUGCUUUAUUCAUUGUCUCUGAGGUGACACAUCGAGGAUUAAAGCGGGGCUCAUUUUAAGUCCUUCAAAAGGUUAUCUAGAAGGUUACAGCAUAUAGACAUCAUGGAAGUCUAAUAUUUUAUAUUUCUUAUUAUAUUUAAAACGUUUUAUCUUUUAUAACCGUUUUGGGUUCACAUUUCUCUGUGAAUAAGUGUACAUCCAGACGUCGAGUUUGUUCGUUUGUUUCCUCGAAGGAGGAAAGCACAAGAGCAGAAGCCUGGAGAUACACGCUGAUCAGAUCGGUCAUGUCUGUUCUGCUUCAACCUUCCAGGUAAACUGCUGAGACCUAAUGUAGAAGGUUAGAUUGAGAAUGCACCAGUCUAUGAAAUCAACUCAUUUUGUGGCUCUUGUCAGAACUGAUUGGGGAAAUUAGGCUGAUGACAGAUACCAGAGGUUUGAUCACAUAAGAUCCUUUUCCCUGUUACAGUAUACUUCAGGUUUACCAAGAUUCUCUUUUAUUGUUUGCACUUUGGAACUGGGAGAGAAUAACUGGAAAACGUGGAAAAAGAUUCCAUGUGUUCUCGCCAUCUGUUUCCACAGUGUCAGAUUAGCCUUCUGUGUAGAACAGAGAGGUAGUUCCUGGCUUUAACUGAGUCUAUGGCUGCAGUUCCACCUCAGAUACUUCAACAAGAUACCAGGAACAUUUGAAGAAAGUCAGUCCGGGCAGAAUCUAUCACAGAUUAUUUUAUUUUGGUGUUAACUUGUACUCACUGAUGAAAUCUGAGAAUACAAAGAAUUACUGUCAUUAAGUUAUGCUUUAAAUAACUAGCUUUGUUGCUAACUUUAUUUGGAGCUAAAGCUGAAAGUUAGCACAGUCGAAAUGUUGGCAGUGACCUUUCAUUGCAUAGGAAAGCUACACAAACUACUUGCUUAACUGGACUUUAGUUGUGGAUGAUAAUGUUACUUCUAAUUUUAAUGUAAUUCCUGCGUCUGACCACUUAUUUUAAGUCAGGUGUUAGCAGGUAACUUGGUGAUUGAAAUAGGAUAGAAUACCUACUUUAUUGUCAUAAAAUAAGCUAAUAAGAACCACAGUGCAAAAACAAGCUAAUAAGACUUCCAAUGUCUCUUGCCAGUCCCUGUUUUCCCAGCAAGCUGUGCUAACAUUUGUGCUUAACCCUCCUGUUUGAUUCCAGCCUACAUUAGCUUAGCAGCGAUGAAUGAUUGAAUGUCAGCCUAAUCAGUGACUCCAGUGCUAGCAACAUGUACUGCCAAGUGCGCGUGCAUCUAUUAUGGCCUUAUGAGAAGAGCUCCAUAACCUCUUUUUCUGUCCCUUGCUUGAAUCAGUGACACACGGGGGUAAUGCUAUACACACGACAACUGUACACUAAUGUAAAAAGCACACAGUGGGGUGAAUUGUGGAAAGACCCCAAACACUGACCGAGCUCUUUACAUUGAUAGACUUUCAUCCCUCUUAAGUCAGCAGAGUAAAGACAAUUGAUCCAAUGUUAAUCUCACUGACUGUGAACAUAAACAUGGUGAAGCUUUGAUGAGUAGCUGUAACUAUAUAACUAAACAAAAUGACAAUUAAAUGGCCUGUAUUUGUACAGCGCUUUACUAGUCCCUAAGGACCCCAAAGCACUUUACACAUCCACACAUUCACAC